GUUUGAUCCUGUUUAUCUAUACUAUUGAAAAACGCGACACGGAGACGGUUCCGAGGAUUUAAAAACGCCAUACCGAUAUCGGAAGCAGCAGCCGCAGUAGCCACCCUGCGACGGUGUUAUCACAAUCGAGCAUUCAAAUUGCUUUUAUCACUCGUCGGAUUUUCUCAAUCAUUCUUCUUCAAUCUGUACUAUUUAUCUUUCUCGAGUUCUUCUCUCAAUCAAACCAGUCAUUCCUUUCAAACCCUAACCCUAACAAUGGUGAUGGAUGCAUCCGAAGACCGCACGAAUUUCGAAGACGACUACUCACCUUCAUCAACCGUUUUCAAAUUCGACCGCCCAAUCCCCUUACUUCGAGGACCGUUACUGGCAAGUCCUUCCGACGAUCCAUCCGCGGGUCCUUACGUUCUGGCCUUCCGUGACUCACAAGCUUGGGCCUCUUCAUUCAUAGCCUGCGAGCGCAAAAUCGUUCAGCAAUGCGAGGAAGGGGCAAGGAUUGGUUGCGCUAUCAAUGCUUCCAGCAAGUGCAAGCCUCCUUGGUGGAAGGUUCUGUCCGGUCCCAAACUCUCGGAUUUGAAGGAACGGGAGAUUUGUGAAGUGCGUGAGAUGGAAGAGUGUUUCAAUGUGGCGAAAGAGAAAUGUGUUGGGUUGGCUAGGGAGAAGUGUUUGGCUCCUUUUAGGGAUGCGAGGAUUAAGGUUGGGAAAGGGGUUUUGAGUUCGAAGGAAGCUGUGAAGUUGAUUGGAUGGACUUCAAUGCCAACGAGUAAAAUGAGUUCUAAGUGUUUGAUUGGUGGUGAAUUUGGCGUGACUAAUCGAAGGGCUAGUGAAUUGUUGGAUUAUAAUGAUUUUGUGAAACGAAUUUUGGAUGAGAGACAACACGGGACCGAAAGUUAAAACAAUGGAUCGAGUAAGCACGUCCUGCAUGAUUUUGUCAUCUAAUGUGUCAGAACCUUAUCAGAAUUGCCAUUUCAUAGAGCUUGGCGUAACAAAGUAUCCAGGUUUUUCUUCCCUCUAAUAUUUACUAUUGCUGGCUUUUUUGGGUAAUAAAUAACAAAGAUGUAUUUGUUUAUUUAGUGGCAUUAUAACUUGAAAUCAAAUGCUCCAUAGUUCCAUCUAUUUUGAUAUUUCAUAUGGUAGCGCAUAGAUUCUAACCUCUGUAUUCUGGAGUCUAACUGAAUUGAAUAUGUUAAUCAAAAUUUCCAUGUACUUCCUUUAUACAAUGAUGUCUUAAUGUUCUUCAAUA